GAGGAGCAAGAUGGCGGCGUCCUGCGUUCGCGCGUGUCGGCGGCUGGUGGGGAGGAGCGGGGCCGUCCAGCGGCCGGAGACUCGGAGCAACGGCGGUGGGCACCGGUAUUAUUCCACAAGUCAUUUUCUCUGCCAAUGUGUUGCAGGAAAACAGACAGAUGGUGCAGAAGAAGUUGUCAUUCCAAGAAAAAAAACUUGGGAUAAGCUUGCAGUCCUUCAAGCUCUUGCAACCACAGUGAACAGAGACCCCACAGCUGUGCAUUACAGGUUCCAAGAUGACCCCUACCUUAUACCCAGGACAUCACCGGAAUAUCGUCUCUACUCCCUGUCACAGGAGUCUGGGUGCAAUGCGGCCAGGUACAUCGUUAACACGUACCCCAAACUUUUCCAGAAGGAUUUUGCUGAACCUUCGAUACCUUGUCUGAUGCCACAACAGUUGGAGCCCCUGAUAAGUGAAGUGACGGAGGAUGCCCUGAAAGAACGCAUUCAGCUCAGGAGAGUGAAAGAAUCUGUUGAUCUGUAUGAUCAACUUGUGCAAGCAGGGACACCUGUGUCUCUCGAAACAACAAAUACCUUGUUGGAUCUUCUUUGUGUUUACGGAGAUCAGGAGCCACCAAGAGAAAAUCAAGGAGCAACAGACCAUCAGAACGAGGUGAACGGUGACUCUCAGAAGAGGUGGAGGGGCCGACCUCGCAAAGCUUCAGAUUUGCUCACUGUUACCUGGAGGGCGAACAAUAAUGCAGAGAGGAUAUUCAAUUUGAUGCCUGAAAGGAAUGAACAUUCUUUUUGUACAAUGAUUCGAGGAAUGGUUAAGUAUAGUGCCUACGCAAAGGCUGUUAACAUGUACACAGAUCUCUUAAAUAAUCGGAUGAAAGCGGAUGUUCAUACUUUCAAUGCACUCAUCUCGGCAGUUCCAGAACUAAAGGAGGCAUAUAAUGAGAGAAUAGAUUUUGUUCUGGAACUGUUGAAACAGAUGGCAGAACAAAAGGUGCAGCCAAACUUGUUAACUUUUAACUCUGCAUUGAAGUGCCUCCGAAAGUGCGGUUCAUAUGCUAAAAGCCCUUCCCUACAGAUUAUUAAUGAAAUGAAGGCCUUAAAAAUUGAACCAAGUUUGGCCACCUUUGAUCAUUUACUAGGUAUAUUCUAUAAAAUUGCUGCUACAAACCAGCUACAAAAUGACUUUAUCUUCAUCCUGCUUCAUGAAAUGGAAGGGAAGCAUUUUGAAGCCAAAGAUCCUGAUGAUGUAAAUUUCUUCAGCAGUGCGAUGAGAGUGUGCUUGGAAAUGAAAGACCUUGAACUGGCGUACAAAAUUCACAGCAUUCUUGAAACUGGAGACAACUGGAAAUUAUUGGGUGAUUCUUAUCAGCGAAGUAUUUAUUAUGGUCGGUUCUUUACCAUCUUGUGCAUGAUGGAGAGCAUCGAUGUGGUUCUCAAGUGGUACAGAGACCUCAUUCCUUCGCUGUACUAUCCCAACGUGCAAGGUCUGAUGGAUCUGCUGCAGGCUUUGGACACUGAGAACCAGUUGCAGCUCAUUCCACACAUUUGGAAAGACAUUAAGCAGCUUGGUCACAGUAACAAGCAGGAUCUGGUGGAGGAAGUGCUGGAGCUGAUGGGUCGGGACAAGCACAGUCCAGAGUUGCAAGCUGCCUUUGCUGACACGGCGCUGGAUAUCAAGGCUGUCUAUAAGCAGAAUCAAAACUUACAGUGGACAGCUAUAUCUUUGGGAAAUGUGACAACCUUGAUUCUGAGAGGAGGUCGAACUCAAGAUGCUUGGAUGAUGCUGCCACUUUUUAAAGCAAACAACAGAGUACCCAGUAAAGCACUACUCGAUGAGUUUCUGGACCAUGCCAAGGAAAGCAACAACAAGGCUCUGGCUUUGGAUUUGGUGAAACUGGCUGGAACUUUCAGCCUGCCUGCCACAUCAGAGUUCUUGCACAGGGUGACCACUGAAUUCGAGCUGUCAGAGGAGGAAAGGAGGUCCCUAGAAGAGCUGGAUGGCAGCAGCAGCAGCAGUAGCGAUGAUAGCAGCAGUGGUAGCGAUAGCAGCGACAGUGAUCGUGAAUAACAUGCUUGAUCUGGAUACAUCAAAUGGCAUUCUUUCGUAUACAGAACGGUUGACUGAGAAUGGGCCUUUGUGUUCAUUUGCUGCAAAACCAACUUUGGAAAAUGACUGGAUAUUGUACAGGUGUGGCUGUAUUUAAAGAAAUAAAACAGAAAAGCUCCAACGAAACAGUGAUGGACAUUAAGGACUGAGAAUGUGGUAAAUAAAUAGCCAAUGUAAAAUUGAUCAGUUGUUUUAAUCAUCCCUACAGUUCAAGGAAAAUUUAAUCUAAGGACAAAAAAAAAGGAGAAAAUCUGUAGAUGCUGGAGGAACUCAGCAGACCAGGCAGCAUCUAUGGAAAAGAGUAAACUGUUGAUGUUUUGGGCCAAGACUCUUCAAGAACUGUUUUUAAAAAUGCAAACACAAGGAAUUCUGCAGAUGCUGGAAAUCCAAGCAACACACAUCAAAGUUGCUGGUGAACGCAGCAGGCCAGGCAGCAUCUCUAGGAAGAGGUAUAGUCGACGUUUCGACCCUUCAGUUAGUCCUCACGAAGGGUCUUGGCCCGAAACGUCGACUGUACCUCUUCCUAGAGAUGCUGCCUGGCCUGCUGUGUUCACCAGCAACUUUGAUGUGUGUUUCAAGAACUGUUUACUCUUUUCCAUAGAUGCUGCCUGGCCUGCUGAGUUUUACAACAGUAAGGACUAAUGUCCUUGCAUUAAAGAACACUGAUGAUGCACAGAAAUACAAAUUUUGGUUGCCGCUCUGCUACAACACUGAUAUCCAUCUAUCUAGCACAAAAAGACUUCUGCUGUCUGCAAGGCACAAGUCAGAAGCGUAUUUGUGAAUUACCUGGAAUUAAUACUACAGCUAUCUAGCUAACUGGAACUGUUCGUGAAACAUAAAUAUGAACCAUCACAAGACCAAAGCUCUGCCCCAGAACACCUUGAUCUUUUCAGACUCUGCAGAUGUUGAUGAUACUUGGACAUUAAGGAUAGAAUAAGAUUAGCUGUAUUUGUUACAUACACAGUGAAAUGUAUUGUGUGCAUCAAUGACCAUAGUCCAAGCUGUGCUGGGGGCAGCCUACAAGUGUCACCAUGCCCACAACUUACAAACCUUGCGGAAUGCUUUUGGCCUGAAAUUUCCACUAUUCCUUGCUGUUAAUGGUGUAUGUAACCGUAAUUUGUAUGUCUUUGCCAUGUGGGAGGAACCUUGAACACCCAGCAGAAACCUACACAUCGAUGGGGAGAACUCACACAGUGGUUGGAAUUGAACCCCCAUCUUGAAAACUAAAAAUAAUGUUUAAAUUAUAGAAACUAAAGGGAGUAAACUCUUCCAAUUAUUAAAAGGUUAUGAAUAAGAUAUCAAGCAUUUACUGCCUUUAUGUACAAAGGCACUCAAGGUCCUAGUUAAAAAUUGAUUUAUGAAAGAAAACAGAAAAUGUAAAACUUGUUUCAAGAAAUAAACAUUCGUGGUUCUUUCAAACAAUGCAUUUGAGGCUAUUAAAAAGUAACAAAAUGUCAAACAACUCUAAAAAUUAG